GCCGCCGUGCGGAAGGAGGGCGUCCGGGGACUCGAGGAAGUCUGAGGACGUUCGGAAACUCCGGGACGCCCCGCUCAUCUGACGUUCGCGACAAGCAAAUGAACAUCUCGAUAUUUUUUGUGAGCGAGCGUCGGACAGACAGACAGACGAGGAGGAGGAGAAGAAGAAGAAGAAGAAGAAGAAGCAGCAGCAGCAGCAGCAGCCUCUCGAAGCUCCCGAGCACGAUGUCCAGCGCCCCGCUGACCGCGUUGGCGGUCCUCUGCCUGGCGCUCCCGCCGGGCUGUCGGCCGGCCGCCGGCGACGACGACGACGCGCUCCGGGACCCGAUCCGCAGGAACACGGACUUUUCUACCCGCUUGUAUCGGGCGCUGGCGAGCCGCACCGACGACAACGUCUUGUUGGCCGCGGCGUCGGUGCGGCGCGGCCUGGCGGCGCUGCUCGCCGCCUCCGGGGGGACGACGCGGGAGCAGCUGCGUCUGGCGCUCGGUCCGGCCGGGCCGGAGCCUCAAGACGUCCCGGAUCCGUUCUCGGUGACGACGAGCGUGCCGCACGGGGGCGCCGCCCUCAACCUGAAGGAGGGCGUGGCCGUCUUCGCCGACGCCGGCGCGCAGCCGUCGGCGUCGUACGCGGAUCUCGUCCAGAGCGAGUUCGGCGGCGCCGUGAAAAGCGUGAGCUUCGCCGCGUCGCAGGACGCCGCCGACACCGUCAACGCCUGGGUCCGGCGGCGGACCGGAGAUGAGGUUCAGGACCUGGUGGCCGAACUGGAGCCCGACACGCGGCUGCUACUUGCGACUGCCGCAUCCUACCAAGGUCGCUUCAGUCAGGCGUUCAACGCCAGCGCCACUCAGGACGAGCGCUUCUACGUGGACAAGUACCACACGGUCAGCGUGCCCAUGAUGUUCCGGGCCGACAAGUACUUCCUGGCGUACGACCGCUCGCUGAAGGCGGGCGUGCUGCGGCUGCCCAUGGCGGACGGAGCGGCCAUGCUGGUGGUGCUGCCCGACGAAGACGUGGACCUCGGCGCCGUGGAAGACCACGUGACGUCGGAAAAGAUCCGGGACUGGAUCGGGCGGCUCAAGAAGACGAAGCUGGAGGUGCAGCUGCCGCGCUUCCUGUUAGACCGCUCCUACUCUCUGGCGGACGUCCUGCGCACCCUGGGCGUCGUCCGAGCGUUCGGGGAGGACGCCGACCUGAGCGACGCGGGCGUCCCUCCAGGCGUCGCCGUGUCACAGGUUCUUCAUAAAGCCGUCGCGUCGAUGGACGAGAGCGGCGGAGGAGACGCGUCGGGAGGCGGGGCCGCCGCCGCCGUCUUCUCCGAUCCUCCCCCUCGACUGACCGUCAACCGACCGUUCCUCUUCGUGGUCUACCAUCGGGCCAGCGGCGCCCUGCUCCUGAUGGGGCGACUGCGCGACCCCACCAAGAAAUAAGUCCGCGCGGACGCUCGCGGUCACCCGCGCAGGUUGAAUCCAGGCAACCGGACUCCAAACGCAACUCGCGACGCCUCUCAAAGCGCGAGGACCAAGUCCCUCCGAGCGACCCUCGAGGCCGAUGCGUACUUUCCACGUCGCGCGCUUCCUUCCGAUGGUAGCGUGCCACGUUUGGCGGUCGCGUGCGUGCGCGCCUUGCAUGCGCGCACGCACGCGUCCCCGGGGGUUGCACGCACACCCGACAACGAUCCGUAGGCACGCAAAAACAAAAGGUUACUUGUCGCUUGGUUAGUUCGUUGCGAUUCGCUGUCACUUCUCAAGGCAAUUCAAGAAAAAACAGACGGAGGCAAAGACGUCAUUAGCAUCUUCAGAAACCGUUAUUGAUCAAAUGAUAUGAAAAUGAAAAACGGCGCCGCUCUGACGCGUUGGCGGUCGGCGCACUUCGUAUGUGGAAAAGUCUGAAUUGGCGCAAAAUAGGAGAGCGGUUUCUUCUGGUCAGCAGUCGGUUUGCGUCUCAAGAAAAAGAAGAAGAAGGAGGAGGAGGAGGCCGCCUUCCUUUGACUCCAAAUGGCUCCAAAGAGAUGAUCAGCGGGCCACGCAGGGAUUAUCCAGGUCCACGAGUUGAAGCGGCCAAUCGAGUUCCAACGUUUGGAAGGGAAGACGUCUUCAACUCACGAGAAAGGUCAAGUCGCCUCCAUUCAACCUUUGCGGGUCACCAAGAAAUCACGCCGUCGUCGCCGAGCGCCGUUAUUUAGCCAACGCGGCGCCCAAAGCGUCCAGAAGGGCGGCGUCCGUGAGCUCUCGGCAUGCUUCCGUAUAGUAACCGCUUUAUUAGGCACACUCGCGCAUUAACCCUCCUGCACGCGUCACCGUUGUUUCAUGUUGUUCUCCAAAAAAAAGAAUGUCGCCAUAUCAUUAGGAACCCCUUUGACAAUGUACGCGGACGUCGGCGCGAGAAUAAAGUUAUCGAAUCCGACGUCGGCGUGAACUUCCCUGAGCUGCGACGCUAACCCCAAGCUAACCUUUUUACAGACGAUUCAUCGCAGCGACCCCGGAUACCGUGCAAAUACGCCCCCAGUGGCGGCAGCCAGUGCAUACAUGUAAUAAUAUCGUCAAAAUGGCGUAAAAAUAGUGCUAUAAUCUUCCACGCAUGCUAUCGGCUCUCACCUUUGACCUUUUUGCUGUCCAAUAAAAAUAAAAAUCUCAUUUUGGCGAACAA